UCCUUAAACCUCCUUUAAGCCCUCUUCAUUCCUUUUUUCCCACUAUGGGCAAAGAGGGGAAAGAAUGAGAGGCAAAAUGGCUUUCUCUCGUCUCCUUUUUCUGAAACCGCCACUUCGUCUUCCUCACAUCCACAGAAGAGGUAAAACCCAUUUCAAGAAGAAGAAAAAGAAAACCUUUUUUUUUAAUGCAACAAUUGGUGUUAAAGGAAGGAAAACAUUUAUGGUUUUUGUCACUUUUGAUGAUAACAACGAGAAAUACCCUUUCAGGGCUUUCCAAAUCAACAAGGUCGGAGGCAGCGAGUGAUCAAGAGGCUAAAUCCGUGGAGGCAGACAGGAAAAAGUGGACCCUGCAACUCCAUUUUUUGUUUCAGCUUCUAGUUGUUGUUAUUUUUCAUGUUUGUUUUAUAUACUUUGUGAAUGCUUUUUGUUAUUUGGGACCUGAACCUGCAAAUCAUACACCCUCUUCGAUGUAUCUGACUGGUUUGUCUCACAGUGUAACAAAGAAGCUUGGGAAUCCGUGUGUGUGUGUGUGUGUGUAUGUUCUUGUUAUAUUCAUAUAUAUAUAUAUAUAUAUUUCCCUGUGCUCUAGAGUUUAUAGUUGUAUUGUCUUAUUUUUAUUUGAUAUAGUUUUGCCUAGAGCUUGUAGAAAACUCUGAGUAAUAGACCAGCUUAAGUAAUUAAAGGAGAAAAAGUAAAUAAAUGUGCUAUUGCAGCAACAGCUGCUCAUUGUUAUCAUUCUCGGGAUUUUUUGUUGUUUGUUGGGGUGGGAGAGGGUUGAUAAUUGGAGCUAACUGACUGUUAUAGUUCUUAAAUUCAUAUUCUAAACGACAAAUGUAUAGUUAUAUGAAAACGCAUUUAGGAUUCUUGGAAUCAACAUGCAGCGAAAACAAAGUGGGGUGAUCAUGGAACAAUUUGAGUGGACUUCUUAGUACUCUGAAGGCAAAGAUUCUGGGAAGUCAGUUUCAGAGUGAAGCCAUUGGUGAAAGAACUUACUUGGCUGCUGAUAAGACAGAAUCUCAGGUUAAUAUGUUAUUGGAUAGUCAACAUAAUGAAAUUGGUGGUAAAAAUCAUAGUACUAAUCCUUCAGAGGCAAAACUGGAAAUACUGGACUCGUAUAGUUGCAAAGAAGAAUAUGUCAACAACAUAACUUCUGAGCUUGUUGAGACACACAAGGACAUGGGCAGCAACAAACCUGGGUUAUCAAAAGGUUUUGAAUCCUCAAAAGCUGUACUUUUUUCUAAAAGUCAGGAAAAUAACUCAAACAUGGGAUCACAUUUGAUGGACGAGUAUUUGGUCAAUGAAGUUGCUGCUGGAAUUGGUAAGGUGCAUACUGAUCCAAAGGAUAGUAAGCUUGGCAAAAGUCAGAGUAUAGCUCAAUCAUCAGAGGUCCUUGUGGAUUCUCUCAGCGAUGAGAAAUGUGUUCCAGUUAGUGCAUCUUCUUAUGUACAAAGGAAAAGAUCCUCAGAAUAUGGAUCAAUCAGGAGUCAACCAUCUAAAUUAAGUCACCAGGUGAAAGCUUCUACAAGAUUGCCCAAAGAUGCUGCAGAUGGAUUUUUUGCCAAACAUGGGAACCAGAAAAUUGACAAGAAAACUGUACCUUCUGUUCAAACACUAGAUGAAGGCUCUGAUGUUUGUAAUGUGCACACAUCAUCGGAUGGGUCAUGCAUGGCUAAUGGCUUGGCAGACCAAUAUGUGAGGAAAAUAAAAGAUCAAAUAGCUAAAAGAGUUGCCAGUGAGAAGACCAGUAUGCUGGCAACUCCAAAUCGCUUCAUGGGAACUUCAAGUAAGCCUUCAGGUGAAGAUACAGGAAAUAGAAUUGGAAUCGGAGGUUUAGUUUCCUGCAUUCAGGUGUCAUGUGGAAAACCAUCAACUUUUACAUCUCACAACUGUAUCCUCCAACAAUGCUGUUCAAGUUGCUACAAGUGGCCAGCUAAAAAGGUGGCUAAUUCUCAUGAAAGUUAUACUAAAAAUAGUUUAAAAGUAUUAAGGGGUCAUGUAAUGGGCAAGAAGAGUAACAAAUUGAGUAGUAGUGAUGAACAAUCACAUAGAGGAACCCCUUCCAUGAUACUUACAGGCUCUAUGACUAGGAGCGUUGCUAGUGUUUUAGAGAUUGCUCAUGAUCACAAAAAGUCUGAAGCAAGCCCCAAGUUCCAUAUUUCAAUUGCGAAAGAAGGCUUAGAUAUAAUGGAUCAGUUGAAAAACGGAUCUAAACUAAACAAAUUAUUGAUUAGAUUUUUGAAUGAAAAUGUUGAUCAUAGUGACAUUCGUUAUGCUUUUGAGGAUUGUGGACCUAUCAUGAAGAGACAGUUACUUUCCUCAAUCAAAGGAAGCAUCUUUAAAGAUGCUUAAGUUUACUUUAAGACCAGGGAAGCAUUGCAUAAAGCGCUCAUGAAAACUGAUCUGACAAUAGGAAAAAGAGAUGUCCUAAUGUUGCCAACUUGUUUGGAAGAUGUGCCUAAAAGGAUCUCUAUUCCUAACCUGAUUGGUGACCCUAAUGUUCCUGUUUAACUAAUGAAGAAUCCCACCCGAACAGUCAUGAUUAAAGAGUUGAGCAGUGACAUAAGCUCAGAUCAGCUUAAAGAAGCUCUUGGCUUCUGUGGGAAUGGCAUAUCUGGUUUUUCCUUUGGUUCAUCAAGCUCUGUUGCUUACGUGGAGUUUGAGACAGAAGAAGCCUAAGAUAAGGCCCCAGCAAAACAUACAAUUCAAGGAAGGAAGUUAUCAACCUUCAGAAUUGAUGUGCCCAGAACAACUGUUGUAAGGAUUUUGAACUUUGACUCCUCAAAUAAAAGUAGACAUGUCAGAAAGAUAUGCAAUUCUUAUGGGCAAGUGAAGAAUGUAUUCUUUAGCCAGAAAUACAUAGUAGAUGUGCGUUUUAAGAUAGCUGAAUGGCCAAAUAUGAUGAAUAUUCUGAACAGGUAAAAUGGAUUGAAGUUAGAUAUCAAACAGUGGAUUGCUCAGCCUGCUCCAGUUUACCCUCCAGAAGUUCUUGAACUACUAUGGACUCAGCCUACAGAAAGAAAGCAUGUGAUAUUCGUUUUGCACAGAUUGUUGCAAAAUCUCAAGGAUUCUCCAUAGGGCACUAAAAUCACUAAUCUGGCUGCUAAAUAUUAUUUAGAUGGUUCUGAUUGAAUUUGCUAUGCAAGAUCCUAAAGUUAGUAUUGAGUAGGAAAAUUCUUUUCCUACACAAGGUAGUUCUUCUCUAGUUGGAUUUUUUAUAGAGCAUGGUAAUACUAAUUACUAACCCAUCAAAAUCACAAAUGCCCAAUAAGAAGUGUAUAUAUAUGGUGCAGUUUUUUUAUACGUAGAUUGGGUUUAAAAUUACCAUGAAGAUCCAACCAUGUUCCACUAUUUACUUUAGUUUCUCAUUUUGUUAUUUCUCUUCAUGUUUUUCUUAACUUGGAUAGAAUUAGGUCAUGUUCCGUCUGUACCAUGGAUUCAAAUGGUGAAUAUGCUAUUCUCUGACUUCAUUUGUCCAAUUAGAGAUAAGUUAAAAAAAAAAAAAAAAAAAAAAAAAAAAAAAAAAAAUGACAGUUGAUGUAUUGUAAAACUAUUUGGUAACAAGAAACAGUUCUCUCAACAAUUUGGAGCAUUUUAAGGUGACAAAUGAUCAGGACAUUCUUUUAUACGUCCAUCCAGUUCGUGCAACUCGUGUGGGAUAUACCAUCUUAGAAGUAGAACCUAACUCACACCUCUCCUAGUUCUGAAACAGUGUCAUUUUCUUUUCCUUCUCAGCAACCAAACAAAAACCUUUUUUUAUGCUACAAUUCGGGUUUAAAGAAGGAAAACAUUGGUGGGUUUUGAUGACAGUGACCAUAUUUCAUAUUUACUAGUGGUACCUACAACAGCAUCUCAUCAACUCCCGUUAGCAAAUUCGGUUCUUCGUAAUAAUCAAAAGGCAGAUAAGAAAAUCUCAAAGAAAUUGCUAUUUUCCUAAUGGUCUUGGAUGCUGGUUGAAUGUUCAAUGGCCAUAGGAACAGGUGAAUUAAAUACCAAAUUGCUAUUUUCUUAAUGGACUAAGAGCUGGUUGAGUGUUCAAUGGGCAUAGGGUCAGUGGAUUCCAUUUUUCAGUCGAAUAUUGGUAAAGCUAAUGGUUUUCUGGUUGUAGUAAAACGAUUUUCCAUACUUCAUGGUUAACCAAAAGAGGGAGUUCCAAAAACAAGCAGGUCAAGACUGGUUCUGGAACAGUUAUUUUAGGAAAAAACCUACAUUCCAACCAUUCAUGCUUUAGUCUCAUUAUUGACUGCAAAUAUAUCUUUUUUACAAAAUGUAUAUUUCUAGAUACUUGGUAGUUUGAGAAUGCAACAAGGUCGCUGAAAUCUACUUGCUAACCUUGGUCAUGACUACAAG